GGUUGAAGUCAAAUCGGAAGACAUGAACAGUCUUCCGGUAAUGAAUUAGAUAAACAUUGCUGUAAACAUUGCGACAGUCCCACAAAGGAUUAUAUGCCAUUUGUAAAUGAUAGUGAAGAAUUCCAUUUUCGAUAAGAAAUUUCAAAUAGUGAUUGCGGUUUUUAAGAUAUCCUUAAAAAAUAUUGAAACAGACGGCAUGGACUGAUACCUAAAGGGCGAUUAAAGUAAAUUGAGCAUAUGACUAUGCGUGGUUAUAAUAAAAGCAGCGUUAUUGAAUUUUCUUUUCUGUCGUUUUCACUAUCAGAUAGUUGAGCUGUAAAAUCUAUCAUCGGUCCGAUACUAGUGUAAUGUACGUGUGCUUUAAAGGAGUUAAUAAUAAGUCCCGUUGUAGGCUUGAUAUUACUAAAUAUUUGAUAUUUGAAUUGUAAAUAUGGAUAUAGGAAUUAUUUUAAAUAUGUAAACGCCAUUGAAAGUGUAUAAAUAUCAGAUAUCAUAAUAAUUUUAUGGAGAAAAGUGUGAACUGUAACAAAGGUUUUAAACUAACUUUAGAAAAUUCUUUAUUGUAAAGUCAAUUUAAGGAUUUAAAUAGGAACAUGUGUUAAGAUACACAUUACUGUUGUCAUAUAGACAAAUUGUUAACAAGAGGAGUGAUUAUACAGAUUUUCCAGCAACUGUUCGCUGAUUAUGUAUAAUUUGCGGAAAUGACAUAGACGAUUAUGAAUGUUUAUAUUAAUGUUUUUAGUGCAAAAGAAUAAGGAAAUUAUUCGCAACCGACAAUGAAUAAGGAGUUCCAUUUUGAUAAACAUCUUGAGUGGAUUUAUAAAUACAUGGAUUGGAAAUAUUUUACAGAAUUUUCUGGAAUAAUAAAAAAUUUCUAUUUAAUUGAUAUAUGCUAACACAGUUGUGACUGAAAUAUGUAUUAAUAAUAUUAAUAUAUUUCGUAUUUAUUUACAAGUGUGAAAAGAGUUAAAACAAAGUGACCGUUUUUUUUCAUCAUAAUGAAUAAAUAGCAGUUUUAAUUAAUCAAUUGUGCUUUCAAACGUAAGAAUUUGGCCAAAAAUUAAUAUAGAUUCUUGUGUUUUAUCAACACUGAAUGGCAGUAAAUUGUUGCUGAUUAAGAGAAAUAUGUUUGAUUCGUUUGAGGAUAUAUCGUGAUAAAGUCAGCAGAAAAGAUAGGAAAGUUUCAAGUGUGCUUGAGAAUUAAAAAUAUGGGCAAUUUAAUAAAGAAGCAGCCGGUGGGGGACCCAGACUCCGCAUGGCAGGAGCAGAAUCGGGAAGUGGAACGUAACCCCAUGUACAAGUUUGCCGAUCUUAACAGAGGUGGUAAACUUGUUGAAGCAUAUCGUACUGGGGGUGUUGUUGCUGUACAGGAAAUAGCACGGCGUGAGAUUGGACCAUAUUUAUACAGUGGUGGGAAAGGAAAGACUGUAGAAAAAAUAGAUUAUAUUAAAUGGAUACGUCAGAGGGAGGCGAUGAAAACAGGCUCAACAGUGUGGGAAUCAAAGACAGAUGAAGAACUUGUGUUAGAGUGGAACGAACAUGAAAAGAAUAGUUUUAACAAAGUGUCAACACAUGAAGCGUGUUGGGACCUUUCUAAACGUGGGGGUGUUGGGGAAACCCCACUCCAUCUGUUGUAUCUAAUGGACAGUGCAGAACAUGUAGAAACUGCCAAAAUAUUGCUCAAUAUGUACCCCAAGCUGGCCUUGGAUUUUUAUGAAGCAGAUGAAUAUUAUGGUGAAAGUUGUCUGCAUUUAGCUACAGUAUAUGGUGAUUUUGAAUCUGUCAAACUUUUGGUUUCUAAUGGUGCAUAUGUCAACCAGCGAGCGACUGGGCGAUUUUUCCUUCCAGAGGACCAGAAAAAUGCCAGGACUAAAACAACCAAUUAUGAAGGUUAUGCAUAUUAUGGGGAAUACCCAUUAGCAUUUGCUGCAUGUUUUGGUUACAUGGACAUUUACGACUACCUCAUAGAUAAUGGAGCCGACCCGAACCUCCAGGACUCCUUCGGAAAUACUACCUUGCAUAUGGUGGUUAUAGCUGACCAACCUGAGAUGUACAAGUAUAUGGUGAAACAUCAUAAGAAGCCAGCUCAACGUGAUAUUGUUAAUAAUGAAAACUUAACUCCGCUAGCCCUUGCCAGUAAAUUAGGACGACAUAGACUCUUUAAAGAAAUUUUAGAAUUAAACAGUAUUGUAUUUUGGAGAUAUAGUAAUGUAACUUGUUCAGCAUAUCCACUCACAGAAAUAGAUUCUAUCAGUCCAAAUGGAGAGCCAAAUUACAGCUCGGCCCUUAUGAUUGCCAUUAACGGAGAGGAGGACGAUCACCUGGAAAUGUUGGAGGGCGGAGUCAUGCGUCAACUUCUUGAUGAUAAAUGGAAAACUUUUGCAAGGAAACGUUUUAUCCAGCGGUUGAUCCUGACUUUUAUACACUUGUCAAUGAUAAGUUUAGCCAUAUAUUUACGUCCUGCAGAUCAGUUGUUGAAGUAUAAUACAGCAAAGGACGGGGUACGAUUUGCAGCUGAGAUUAUUGUUUGUUUGAUGUGUCUGGCAUAUUUGAUUUUAGAAGUUAUAGAAAUUGGAGCUCAGGGGGCUUUAGCGUUUUUAAAAAAUUGUCGGCAUGCACCAGAUCACACCGUGUUCAUGAUCUCAUGUCUUCUGAUAUUGGUAUGUAUACCGUUCCGGUUUACCGGAAGACAGUACAUAGAAGACGUUCUCUUGAUAUUAUCAGUGCCGGGAUCCUGGUUCUUCUUACUCUUCUUUGCAAGGAGUGUGAAACUAACCGGACCAUUUGUUACAUUGAUAUACAAAAUGUGUACGGGCGACCUGUUUAGGUUCGGCAUCAUCUAUGUAAUUUUCCUCAUUGGUUUUACGCAAGGUUUUUAUUUUCUGUUUCGGGACAUCAACCAAGAGAGUUUCAAAACACUUCCAUCAACUAUCAUGACUCUGUUUCAGAUGACACUUGGUGAAUUCAAGCUUACACGUGGAGGUAGCAGCAAGUACCACGAUUUUGACCUGACACGUUACGCCCUUCUCACCAAACUCGUGUUUGCCGUGUUUAUGAUCCUAGUACCCAUCUUGUUACUCAACAUGUUGAUAGCCAUGAUGGGUAAUACAUACCAGUGUGUUAUAUCAAAGUCUGAAAAAGAAUGGAGAAAACAGUGGGCAAAGAUUGUGGUCGUACUAGAACGAGGCUUUACAAAAAAGCAGCUACAGCACCACCAUAGGGAAUACUCAAUCAAACUUGGCGAGCCGUCAAUGGAGAAUGGGAAGAUGAAGGAAGAGUUACGUGCCCUUGUUGUCAUCAAAACGUCUCCUAAAACAAAAGCACGUCAGAGAAAGAUAGCUGUAGGAAAUUGGAAGAAACUUGGUCAUGAGAUUAUAUUACAACUGAAAGAUCAGAAAAAGAAAGGCAAAACAGGGCCACUUAAGUUACAAAGAACAGCAAGGAAACCUAGAAAGAGCACAGCUGAUUCUGAUUCUGAUGACGACAAAAAGUUCACAAAUAUUACUGCGCAGCUAGCAUGGGAAAGAGAUAUUGACCUGACUAAAGGUCAGGCAUUUACAAAAAAUCCGUCUGCUAUAGAGAGCACAGAACAUGUUAAACCAGGAGGUCUAGCGAAUAAUAUAGGCGGACACAUUUCUCCUGAUAAAAAAUCCGAUAAGAAAACUGGACAGACUGAAGAACAGGCUGGAAAUCAUAUGGCAAAUGGGCAUGUAAAUUCUGCCAGAACUAUUAAGAAAUUUGUUAAAAAGCCUAACGGCACCCCAAAAACUAGUCCUAAAUUUCAGAAGCAGUUUUCUAUGAAUCGGAUAACACCCUUACCGUUAGACUUAAACAACAGUGAUGAUCUUGGUUUGGACGGUCUCGAUAGUGAAAAUACAAGUCGAACUGAGUCGAAAGCAAGUAGUGGUAAAAGACCAGUUAGUUUAGAUACUAAAAGAACAGUUAGUAGUAUACAGUUUGAUUUGGAUCAUUUUGUUGUGAAAGCAGACGACAAAUAUGUUACAAAUAUAUCUCAGGUUGCACCUGCAACUGAUGCUAAGACUAAUGAUGAGGCAAAUAGAGCCGAAAGUGCCAAUUCUAAGGAUAUGUAUGAACAGUGGGUGGAUGAAAUUAUAGAAGGAAGCCGGGAAACAUCACCUAGCAAAAGUGAGUCCGGUUCCCCUUCUCAUAAACAUCAUAAAAGUAAGAAACACAAAAAGGAGAAAAAGAGUAGUUCAAGAGAAGGAAGGCGGAGUCGAAGUGGGGAACGGAAAAAGAGUCCUCGUAUAAAAACACCAACAUCAGACGAGCUACUGCUGGUAGAUUCUGAUGCACCAGUAGAUGAGAGUACAUUAUGAAACUUAUGAUAAGUUAGGAGGGAAAGUCCAAUAUGUCUGUGAAUUUAUGUUAUGUGUUACAUAUUUCGCAGUGUAACUUAAGCAUAAGUACUUGGCUUGAGAUUUUUUGUAUGAAAUUUAAUCAUACAUCUGGAAGCCUAUGAAAUGAUAUAUUUUUAGGCUUUGGUUAGUUUAACUGCUAAUCAACUGGUUUGAUGACUUGCAAUUUGGCCAGAGCAGCGAGUCUUUAUGCAAUAUGUAAAUUCAGUGCUAACUUAUGUUGCUGAAGUCUGUAUGCAUUGUGUUAACACAGAUGUAUAAAUGUGUGAU